UACCAAACUAGUAGUUGGCAAGUGUUCGUAUACUCAACACACAUCAAAGACUUCAACGAAACUUGAUUAUUGUGAACAUUCAUUUGAUUUGAUUCAGUCGAACGCGAACGAUUAAUCUAUGCAGUAAUCACCAUCAGUUACUGCUUCAAUACGCAAUUCAUUUGUUUUGUUUUGUUUUCGCUAAAACCGUUCUACUGACCCGUGCUAUUCCGUGUGAUAACGAUGGGUUUACGUACAUUUGUUUUGAUAAUUUUUGCAUUGGGAAUCCUUUCGGUUUGUGGGCAGGAAAAACAAAAACCGUCAACGGCUGCAAAUGAAACUACCUUGGAAGAAGUAGUCGUCGAGACAUCACUGUACGUAAGAAGAAAACCAGCUGCGGCCCUACGGCUUCAACAGCUCGCGCCGAAAGAGAAAGGUAUUCCACGAGCAAGGCGCGAAAUCAGUCACUCAACGAGUCACUCCGAAUCAAAGCUGAAGUCGAAUGCAUUGAAUCCUAACGUUGGACACCAGAAGCACUCCUUAGCUCACCCAAACGAUUUUGUGGAGUCAUUUUUCGACAAAGGCUUUAACAGCGGUGAUACCAAAAGUCAGCAACGAGCUUUCCACAAACAGAAAUCGGUGACGUCUAAAAAACAGAUCAGCAACCAACUUGCAUAAAGAUGAAGCAAGCCCAUGCGUGGUCCGGACAUGUCAUUCAGAGCAGAAGGCAGUUCGUGCACCUUAACUAGGGAUCGUUGGGAAAUAAGCGGCACAAAACUGUCUUGCAUGAUUUGUUCAACAUUUAUUCUACUUGAAGCGGUUCCAUUUCGCGAAGUCGUAAAAAGAAAUCGUUCCCAUGGGUGGAGAGAACAUAUCAUUGAUGUAGAGCUGCGGUCUGAACAAAACCAAUUUUAACAGCUUUUAUAAUAUCCUGUUGCUAGUUUUCAAUCCGUUACCAUAUGUAGGUACUGCCGCUAAUCAAAUGUAGGGCUUUGUUUUUUUUAUUUUUAAAUGCGAUAUAACAACAAAAUGUAAGCAAUAAAACGAACAUGACAAAUGUGUCAAUCGA